ACGAUAACACAAAGUGCAUGUCACAAACGACACGAAAGUAGGGUUAAGGAAGUUCAAGAAACUCUUAACAAAACUAACCUAAUUGUAAAAAAAGAAAAACAGUAUGACAUCGCGAGGCCAAGCAGAGACUGAAAAAUUAAGACAAAAUUUGGAAGGCCAGUUGGACAGAUUGGUUCAGCAAUUAGCAGAUUUGGAAGAAUGCAAAGAUGAUAUUGAUCCAAGUGAGUAUGAAGAAACAAAAAGCGAAACAAUGGAACAGUUGCAAGAAUUCAAUGAAAGUCUCUCCAAGAUGAUAUCAGGUGAUAUGACACUGGUUGACCAGUUGGGAUCCAUGCAAUUGGCAACACAGGCAGCUAUCAGUGCAGCUUUCCAUACACCUGCUGUCAUACGCAUGUUUGCCCGCCGAGAACCAGAUCUGUUACGGGAGCGGCUGGCCGAAGUUGACAGAGAUGAACAACUUGGAAAACUUUCAGUCCAAGCUAGUACAAGAGAGAAAACUGAGAUAUUGAGUGCCCUGCGACAGUUAGAGGAACGUCUGUCACCAGCUGAACUGAAGUUCCUGGAGCAGCAAUUAUCGUCUAGUCUUGAGAAUACAGGAAAGCAGUUUGUCCGUGUCAGCGAUACACUGGAAGCGGGAGAAAGAGCAUUGGAGAUGGCUCGGUCUGAGGUCCGAGCAGUGAACCAUUUUUGAAAGAAACAGCUAUGGAGCUUACUGUCCUGGUUGCAAGAUGGUUCUUCAAAAAUGUCCACAAUACAGAAUUGGUUCUUCUAGAAAAAAAGAUUGGAUGUUCAGUUAGUUAAAUUUACAGAUUGAUGUGGCAAACAAGUAGUUAAAUUUACAGAUUGAUGUGGCAAACAAGCAAGACCCAGUACAGUUAUUGAGUUCUUGGACAUUACCCAUCAUCCUGUUCUCAAUUUAAAACACAGUGUGUUGGAGACUGGACUCUUAUCUCCAUCCUUAGGUCGACUCAGUUUGGCCCAGUCGAUAGAGCUACUCCGUCCCUGUCAAGGUCUGGAGAUGGGGACUAGCUCCAUCGAUUGGGCCCAACUCAGUUGGUUUUUACCUAAGGACAGAGAUAGAAUCCAGUCUCCAAAAUGUUAUGUUAAAAAAAGGACGAUGGAUAAUGUCCAAAAACUCAAUAAAUGUAUU